GAGCGCCUCUGGCCGGCGUGACACGGGGAGCUUCCGGCUGCGGCGCCGGCGCGGCGCGGCGUGGGUUUGAGCCACCGGCCCCGGGGCUUUGCGGUUCGCCAUGCGGCUGCUGGGUGCUGCCGCCGUCGCGGCGCUGGGGCGCGGGCCGCUCUCUCGGGGUCCCGCCGCCCUGGGCCGGCCGGGGACGCAGGUGAAUUGGAAAGCCUGCCGGUGGUGUUCAUCAGGGAUAGUGCCUAAUGAAAAGAUACGCAACAUUGGCAUCUCAGCCCACAUUGACUCCGGGAAAACAACGCUGACGGAGCGGGUGCUUUACUACACGGGCAGGAUCGCAAAGAUGCACGAGGUGAAAGGUAAAGACGGCGUUGGUGCAGUGAUGGACUCAAUGGAACUGGAGAGACAAAGAGGAAUCACCAUUCAGUCGGCAGCCACCUACACCGUGUGGAGAGACACCAACAUCAACAUUAUAGACACCCCUGGCCACGUGGACUUCACCAUCGAAGUGGAGCGAGCCCUGCGCGUGCUGGACGGGGCCGUCCUGGUCCUCUGUGCCGUCGGGGGCGUGCAGUGCCAGACGAUGACAGUCAACCGGCAGAUGCAGCGCUACGGCGUGCCCUUCCUAACGUUCAUUAACAAACUGGACCGGCUGGGCUCCAACCCCGCCAGGGCCCUGCAGCAGAUGAGGUCUAAACUCAGUCACAAUGCAGCCUUUGUGCAAAUACCCAUUGGUUUGGAGGGUAAUUUUAAGGGAAUUAUAGAUCUGAUUGAGGAGCGGGCUAUCUAUUUCGAUGGAGACUUUGGUCAGAUUGUGCGCUAUGGUGAAAUUCCUGCUGAAUUCCGGGCGGCGGCAGCAGACCACCGGCAGGAGCUAAUUGAAUGUGUAGCUAAUGCAGACGAGAAGCUUGGUGAGCUCUUCCUGGAAGAAAAAAUCCCUUCAGUAUCUGACUUAAAGCUUGCAAUCCGAAGAGCUACUCUGAGUAGAUCAUUUACUCCUGUCCUCUUGGGAAGUGCCUUGAAGAACAAAGGAGUUCAGCCACUUCUAGAUGCUGUUCUAGAAUUCCUCCCCAAUCCAUCUGAAGUCCAGAAUUAUGCCAUUUUCAAUAAGGAGGAUGAUUCAGAAGAGAAAACCAAGAUCUUAAUGAGCUCCCAAAGAGAUGGAACCCAUCCAUUUGUGGGCCUGGCUUUUAAACUGGAGGCAGGCCGGUUUGGACAGUUAACGUACGUCCGCAGUUACCAGGGAAUGCUGAGGAAGAGCGACACCAUCUACAACACCAGGACGGGGAAGAAGGUGCGCGUGCAGCGGCUGGUGCGCAUGCACGCCGACCUGAUGGAGGAUGUCGAGGAGGUGUAUGCUGGAGAUAUCUGUGCAUUGUUUGGCAUUGACUGUGCAAGUGGAGACACAUUCACAAACAAAGACAACAGUGGCCUUUCCAUGGAGUCAAUUCAUAUUCCUGAUCCUGUCAUUUCAGUAGCAAUGAAGCCUUCUAACAAGAAUGAUCUGGAAAAAUUUUCCAAAGGAAUUAGCAGGUUUACAAGAGAAGAUCCUACAUUUAAAGUCCACUUUGAUACUGAGAGCAAAGAGACAGUUGUAUCUGGAAUGGGAGAAUUGCACCUGGAGAUUUAUGCUCAGAGGAUGGAAAGGGAAUACGGCUGUCCCUGUGUCACAGGAAAGCCCAAGGUUGCUUUCAGAGAGACCAUCACCGCCCCCGUUCCGUUUGACUUCACGCAUAAGAAGCAGUCGGGCGGUGCGGGCCAGUUCGGGAAGGUGAUCGGCGUGCUGGAGCCCCUGGGCCCUGACAGCUACACCAGGCUGGAGUUCUCCGACGAGACGUUUGGGGCAAACAUUCCAAAGCAGUUUGUGCCGGCUAUAGAAAAGGGGUUUUUGGAUGCCUGUGAGAAGGGCCCGCUUUCUGGUCACAAGCUUUCUGGGCUUCGGUUUGUUCUGCAAGAUGGCGCCCACCACAUGGUUGAUUCCAAUGAAAUCUCUUUCAUCCGAGCCGGAGAAGGCGCUCUUAAACAAGCCCUAGCAAAUACAACGUUGUGUAUUCUCGAGCCGAUCAUGUCCGUGGAGGUUAUAGCUCCAAACGAAUUCCAGGGCCAAGUCAUCGCGGGGAUCAGCCGGCGGCACGGCGUGAUCACGGGGCAGGAUGGUGUUGAGGACUACUUCACCGUGUAUGCGGAGGUCCCUCUAAACGACAUGUUUGGUUACUCCACUGAACUCAGGUCAUGCACAGAGGGAAAGGGGGAGUACACCAUGGAGUACUGCAAAUACCAGCCGUGCUCAGCAUCCACUCAGGAGGACCUCAUUAACAAACACCUGGAAGCCACGGGCCAGCUUCCCGAGAAAAAAGGGAAAGCCAAGAACUGACUCCUCACCUCCACUCGAGUAACCGAUUACCUCUGCGAGGUCUGUCGAGAUGGAUUCCUGCAGAGAGAACUCGGGUGGCCGAGUCCAGUGUCCUCCUUCCGGAGCUGCUUGCGGGCCUCCGCGCCGGCGAUGGCUGCUCACUCGCUGGAAAAGCGCCAAUGCAAUGUGGUUGGGAUCCAUAGGAAAUGACUGAGACGCAUGCUCUCUCACGGAGGAAGAGGCUAGCCGGAGUCAGCCUCUCUGCCUAGAGCGUGUGUGAUUUUCUUCUAUCAUGAUUUUCUUCUAUCAUGAGAGUAUUGCACAGAGAGGACAGUUGGGGAAGCAGUACACAGAGCAGACGUGCCGAGAGUUCUGUCCCUCGGUAGCUGCUUUCUGUCUGUCUCACGCUUCAGCACUAAAGCAUUGCGCUGGGGAUUUGAAGGCAGACUGCUUAUGUAGGACACUCUGUGGCAUGUCACGAGUGGGCCGGGUUUUCGGUUCUUCACUGGGCUGUGAAAUACCAGCUGAAUCUCUUCAGUUGGUGCUCCUGAGAACUUGUAGCUGCCUCUGUUUCAGAAGUGAAAUGUCACUUGUAAUCCACGUGAAGUUUCAGGAAAGAUCCUCACUGAUGCUGUCCUUUUCUGUGGCCCUCAAUAAUAAAAUGUAAUUUAAAGA